AUGAUUGGUAGACCAGGCAAUUGGUUUUUCGUUGUGCCAUGGAUUGCGUUUAUUCCAUGGUAUGGGAUGCUGAUCACGAUGCUGGUGUGCUGGGCUGCGCAAGGGCACCCGAUCUACUGGUUCAUGCACACUGAGCAGUUCCCCGUAUACAUCUCGGAUAUAGGUGCCACUAACCUGAGACCGCUGUUCAUCUCAUGUGCCGGGUGGCAAGGGCUCGGCUACGUCAUCACAGUCGCUUGCGAGUUCUUCCAAAGGUCCGGGCAUUGGCCGGGGUUCCUGAGGUCUUCCUCGAACAAAGAUUACUCAAAAGUCGAGUACCACGAGACUAUACUCUCCAAGAAAUACUUUAUGCCACCAUACUAUACCAGGCACGAGAGAAACCUCAUCUUCGCAGCAGUGAUCCUGGGUGGCCUGGGUGAAGUGGCCUUGCUGAUGUGCACCAUCUUCUCCACAGCACUGUACCACCAUGUGCAUUUGUCCAUGGUCGGUGUCUUCGUAGUGCUAAUGUUCUUCUCCGUGUGCUGCCAGACAGCACAAUACUUCAUGAUGGGCAGAAGAUACGCUCUGUUCCACCCGCUCUCCUCAGAGAACCCUGACGCCAUCCACGCUCUGAAAUGGUACCAGCUAGCCGGCUACAAGUACAACAAAUUCAUCAUCAGUGCUAGCAUGAAAGUGGUGUGGUUGGCAUUGGCCGUCGUUUGGGCCAUCUGCUUUGCAGCUAUCAGCGACAACUCAAAGAGUGCUUGUUUCGAAUGGCUGCUGGCCUUCUGGUUCGGUGUCCUCUUCAUGAUCAUCUCUUGGGAUUUCUACAUGGGUGGCAGAUACAUGUACUCCAAGUACUUCCACCAAAUUGAGGCAAUCCACGGCUACUACAAGUACGACUCAGAAAUCUCUUCCUCCAAAGAAUCAAGUUUUGCUUCCACUAUAUCAGAAGCAAAACUCGAAGAUUCCGCGGACGCUGACGAGAUAAAUAUAAACAACCAGGUUUAA